GCUCCGUGCCGCGGGGUGCCGGGGCCCCGCCCCCGCCGGGAGCCCCGCCCGCCCGAGCUGCGCACAGCGCGGCCGCCAUGAGCGAGGAGCGGCUGCGGCGGGUCCGCGACCGGGUGCGGCCCUUCCCCGACUUCCCGGUGCCCGGCGUGCUGUUCCGCGAUAUCAGCCCCUUGCUGAAGGACCCCGCCGCCUUCAGGGCUUUGAUUGAUCUUCUGGAAGAUCAUUUGAGGGUAUCUUUCCCCCAAAUCGACUUCAUUGCAGGCCUGGACUCCCGUGGCUUCCUCAUAGGCCCCCCUCUGGCUCAGAGACUGGGGAUUGGCUUUGUGCCAAUACGGAAAAAGGGGAAACUUCCCGGUCCAACCGAGUCCGUCUCCUACGCCUUGGAAUAUGGCAAGGCUGAACUUGAAAUCCAGAGCGAUGCCGUGGAACCGGGACAAAAAGUAGUUAUUGUGGAUGACUUGCUUGCAACUGGAGGUACCAUGUGUGCAGCCUGUGAGCUGAUGAAGAGGCUGAAGGCUGAAGUCCUGGAGUGCCUGGUGAUCAUAGAGUUAAAACUCCUGAAAGGAUCGGAAAAGCUCAAGUCCAUCCCUUUCUACUCUCUGCUGCAGUAUGACUGAGGAGGAGCAGGGAGAAGGGAACACGCACCCUGAGCUGCGAACGAGUUUGGGUUUGGGGCUUUAUUCAGUGACUCUUGAUGUCACAAGGGGGUGGGCAAGGGGGAACCGUACAAUUUUGAUCCUGGCUAAGUGCUAUACAGUCUUAAGUCCUGUUUUAUUUUCCAAGCCACAGAUUAAGAUGUGUUGAGUGUAAAGAUGGUUUUUGGAGUUCAUCCUUUUGGGAAGAAGGAACAGCCUGAUUGUUUUGGGGGAUGAAGACCAAGACGCAGCUUCACUGAAUAUGUAUUGUUUUAGGAGACCAAAGUGAAAACACUGCUGCUGAGGCAGGAGAGGUGGGACAGCUUAGGGGACCCAGCAUUGCCUUUUGGUUGAGCCGUGCCUGGUCAGCCUCCUGGGAACCCAUUGCAAGUUUGCCAAAGAAACAAAAGAUGGGCAAAAAGCGAUUAUUUGUCCAAGGGAUCAGUUCCUCUGUUUGACCUCAGGGGAUGGUCUGGUUGCUCUCUGCUGUUGCUCAUGCCAGAAGAGCAACUUCUGCUUGCUGAGUAUAAACUCCUAAAAUCAGGAGGCAGCCUCUGCCAACGCAGCGGAGGUCAUGGGUAUAGAUGAGCUCAAACACCGCGUCAGCUUGCAGCCUGGCUGGUGUUCUCCUUCCCUUCAGACCACAGGAGGCUGAAGGUGUCUGCCUUCCCUGGGUGCAGGAUAGUUAUUAGCAGUGGUUUUUCGCAAAACCAGGAGCAAGCUACGUCAUGAGAAGUAGCACACAGCUGGGUGACAGCCAGUGAGGAAAGGGACAUGCACAUGCUCAGGGAUGUUUGCCUGCCUUCUGUCCAGCAGCACUGGCACCUACCAAAGCCUGCAGCUCCAGUUGGGACUGGCAGCUUUUGUUUAGCACAAAUACCUGUCCACCACGAGGUAUCUGCCUGCCAGUGCUGCCAACUCCUCUCUGCUGCGUUAGUCUUGGGGCAUUGAAGGGACAAUGCCAGUUUGGAGCCCAUUCUUGCUGGUAUGUUUGGUGUCAGAUAAGGCAACAGGAAAGAAAGAAAAGGUGUUAUGCCUGCAGCUGAGCUCUGGCAGUCUCAGCUUGCGUGAUGGAUGACGGGUUAGGACAUGUUCUUCUGUAGCAUGGUUCGGUUUGGUCACAGGCAUAGCUAAAACCCAGUAUGCCAAGUCUUUCACAUACCUGAAAAGAUUAGGGACUGUGUCCCUGUCCUAGCAGGAGCUGAACUCACUGGUAAAAUAAAUGUUGACUCACUCUUACUUUUUUUCUAAA